AAUGUGCUCUCAACAAGGUCCUUGUAUUACCUUAAGAAAUGUGUAACGGAUCUUGAUUUCUGUAAAGUGACACCGCUAUUGAGUUCUUUUAAAUGUAUUUUUUGGCACUUUUAGAAACUGCGCCCUUUCUCGUUCCAUUUUAUUCGAGAGAUGAUACAGUCUCUGCGCGCCACAUUUCCAGCACUCGGCAACUAAGAGCAAUCUAUCAAUCAAUCUACCAUCGAUCUAACAACCUAAAGGGAUAAACAGCACUUACAGGUAACACAAGAUGAGCCUCCAAGAAGAUUCGAUUCAGAGUAACGGUGUUGAAGUCAUGGAUGUUAAUUGUGAGAGCCUCGCCGGUCAAAAGCCGCAGAGUCCGUCAGACUCCACACACUCAGAGACCCACUCCCCUGUCGUCCUCAACGGAGAAGCCACAACAGCUGAGCUCAGUGCAGUUUCAGCGUCAGAGGACCAGGAGACUCAUUCUUCCAGUGAUACAGAGGCACUGGCUGAACCUGACACAACUCCAGAGCUGGAUGAAGCUCUUGCAGAACUUUCCCUAGAAGAGCCCAAGGCGGUUCCCCUUUCAACGGCGAGUGUGGCGACGACUUUAAGCCCAGCUGGCCAGCUGUGGAGCACCAGCAGUGACAAGGCAGUCAGGCUGAGGAUGGAGGGCUCAGGCCCGGCCUCGGAAACUCCCAUCACCAUCCCUCAGAUGUUCCUGCAGACAGUGGAGAAGUACGGGGAUCAUCCAGCCUUGGCGUCCAAACAAGAGGGCCAGUGGGUGACCAUGACAUGGAGGCAAUACUAUGAGCAAUGCCGGGCAGCUGCUAAAAGUUUCCUCAAGUUGGGGCUGGAGCGUUACCACGGCGUGGGGAUCCUGGGAUUCAACUCCCCCGAGUGGUUCAUCGCAGACAUCGGCAGCAUCUUCGCCGGUGGUCUAGGAACUGGAAUUUACACGACCAACUCUCCUGAAGCUUGUCAGUAUGUGGCCGCCAACUGUGAGGCCAACGUCUUGGUUGUGGAGAACCAGAAACAGCUCGACAAAAUCCUGCAGGUUAAAGAUCAUCUACCCCAUCUGAAAGCCAUUGUCCAGUAUAAAGGGGAGCUGCAGCAGAAAGAACCUUUCCUGUAUACAUGGGCAGAGUUCAUGAAGCUGGGAGAGGACGUGCCUGAGGAGCAGCUGGAUAAAAUGAUCGACAGCCUUCGGGCCAACGAGUGCUGUACUCUCAUCUAUACGUCUGGAACCACCGGCAACCCCAAAGGAGUCAUGCUGAGCCAUGACAAUGUGACAUGGACAGCCCGCACCGCCGUCUCCGUGGUAAAUAUCAAACCUGCCGAGGAGGUGGUGGUCAGUUACCUGCCGCUCAGCCACGCAGCGGCCCAGAUGUUCGACAUGUGGAUGUGUAUUUGUUAUGCCGUGACGACCUACUUUGCAGAGCCAGAUGCCCUCAAGGGCUCCUUAGGGACCACACUGAAAGAGGCGCGUCCAACAUGUUUCCUCGGAGUUCCCCGUGUUUGGGAGAAGAUGCAGGAGAAGAUGAGAGCUGCCGCUGUCAAGGCACCCCCACUGAAGAGGAGAGUGGCGGACUGGGCCAAGUCCAUCGGCCUGCAGUACAACCACAGCAUCAUGAACAAGGAGAAUCAGGUCCCAUGGGGCUUCAUGUUGGCUAAUAAUCUGAUCUUUAAGACGGUGCGUGCUGCGCUGGGCUUAGACCGCUGCAAGUUCUGCUUCACAGGCGCUGCCCCCAUCACCAAGGAAACCCUGGAGUACUUCAUGAGCCUGAACAUCCCUGUGAUGGAGAUAUACGGCAUGAGUGAAAGCUCCGGUCCACACACCAUCUCCUGGAGUGAAGAUUACUGCAUCACAAGCUGUGGGAAGGUGAUGCCAGGCUGCAAGACGAAACUGGACAACCCGGAUAAGGACGGGAAUGGAGAGAUAUGUUUCUGGGGUCGACACGUCUUCAUGGGUUACCUGAACAUGCCCGAUAAAACAGCAGAGGCUCUUGACCAGGAUGGCUGGCUGCACUCUGGAGAUCUGGGAAAACACGACCAGCACGACUUCCUGUACAUCACAGGAAGGAUCAAGGAGCUGAUCAUCACCGCUGGUGGAGAGAACAUCCCUCCUGUGCCCAUCGAGGACGCACUGAAGGCCGAGGUGCCCAUCAUCAGCAACGCCAUGCUGCUGGGAGACAAGCUCAAGUUCCUCUCCAUGCUGCUCACUCUCAAAUGUGUCGUGGACGACAACGGCGAGCCCACAGACGAGCUGAGCCCCGAGGCUUUGGCCUUCUGCCAGCAGCGCGGCGUCAAAUCGACCAAAGUGUCAGAGAUCAUAGCCAAUAAGGAGCCAGCUAUCUACACGGCCAUUCAGGAGGGCCUGGAGCGCGUCAACGCCAGAGCAACGUCCAACGCCCAGAGGGUCCAGAAGUGGAUCAUACUGGAGCGAGACUUCUCUAUUGGAGGAGGAGAACUGGGACCCACCAUGAAACUGAGGAGGCCCAUUGUUGUGAAGAUGUACCAGGACAAAAUAGACGAAAUCUACUCGGUGACGAAACAGUAGACUGAACUGCACGGAGAUAAGAUACUACUGAAGAGAGAAACUUCAUUGAGAUUGUGUUGUGUACGCAGAUGUCGAGCCGGGAAAUGUGUAAACCUCUUUUCACCUGAACGCUUGAAGUGCAAAAGAGGUUUAAGGGAAAAAAAAAAAAUCUGAUUCUGAUUAUGUUGUAAUGGAAUAGAGGUUUGUGCUGCUAUGUUUUAUCAUGUGAAGUUUCUGUUGUCUGUUGAAAUCGAUAUUUAAGUUGUUAGGUGUACAUAUGGAUUCCCAGCAGCGGUGCACAUUUUGUACAUAAAACAUCCAGAUCAGAGCCAAAACCUUUCAGUUUAGUGUUCGGUGAAUUGUACAUGAUAACUCACAUUUGGGAGGAGGCGCUCCUUUUUAGAAGUUUUAAUUUUUUCACAGUUUUUAAAGGAAACAUUGUGAACUACAAUCCACUGUGGCCUUAAGGAUGACACUCUUUCAUUUCAGAAGCAUUGUCAAAAUGUUCUUUAUUUUUUUGACGCGGCAGUUUAUACAGCAUCGAUUGUUUCUUGUCUCGCGUCGUAGUACAGGUUACAAGAUAAUCCUUGAGGUGAUGUUUGAAGAAGUAUUUUUUGUAAUGCUUGAAUUUUCUCCAAUCACAAGCAUUUGCAGACUGUAAAGCAUACAUUUCAAUUUGUGCUACUCCAUGUACAGUUUGAGGAAUAUUUAAAAGUUUUAUUUUGUGAUAGAUGUUUCCAUGAUUGUUAAUAAAGAAAUCUUUGAUGUCUAGAUUUUUUUAAAAUUA